UAAAAUUUUACCGACUAGUACAACCUUAUGGUCACAUGACCUGGUCUUCAGAAAACAGAAAGUAUACAGCGAUCGAACGUAAAAUAGAUUCACACUGCGAAAUUGAAACAGCCAUCGCUAUGUCUAAACAAGAUCCCAGCAAAGCCCAAGGCAUGCCUCCCCCACAAUAUGCCUACGGUGCUCCCCUCCAGCAGCAGUAUGGAUCUCAGCCCCCACCGUACAGCGCCGCAGCCCAACAGAAUGCCGCAAGCUACAGUGCAUCCGCUUCUCCACAUGAUUCUGCCUACCUUGCCUCCAUGCAGGCCCAGGCAUACCAAGCCCAAUCUCAAUACGUCCAACAGCAGUACAUGCACCCAUACACUCAGAUGCCACCCAUGCAGCAUGGAUAUGUGUCUGCUUCCUCCUCUGCCUACCCACGCCAGCAGUACAUGCCAGUCAUCCAGGCCCAGGGUGUUUCUCCCCACGGACCCCCUCCUCCUUACUCACCAGUGGCUCAACAAAUGAUGGUUCAGCAGCCAGGGACAGUUGUUGUUGGAGGAGCUUUCGAUGCUGGAGCACGUUUUGAUGGGAUAUCUCAGCCACGAAUUCCACCACCCCCUCCUGGCAUGGCACCCAAUGCUGCGCAGCUCGCUCAGAUGCAGGGGCAGACAGUUGUAGGUACCCAGCAGAGUUCUAAUUGGUUCACAGGGGGUUCUGGAGGAGGAUCUACGUUGUGGUGAAGAGGAGGAUUGGCUUGAAUUUCUUUGAUUGACAGUUGCCAAUCAAGUGGAAAGGAAUGACAGACAUGAACCCAUAGAAAAGGUGUCUGUGAUACUCACAUGUAAAGAUGGGUUUGGUUCUAGCUAUCUGCAAAAUUAUAGACAUUACAAAGGUUAUAAGACAACCAAUGAAAUAGGACUGGCAUCAGUUGUAAUGAAUUUUGAGCAUAAAAGAACACGAAGAUGGGACGAGAUUUUUUCUUUUUUUCAGUUGAUCUUUUUCUUUGAAGGGUUUCUAUUUGUGUUUAUGGCAUCUUGAGCCAGUCCUCUGUAUAAUUCAACAGAAAAUGUAGACAUUAGAUUAAAUGACUGCAAUACAGUGGAACAGGUAUAUUCACAAAUUCUGAAUGUUCCCUGUUCGUCGUUCUUUGAGGACAACACUAUUUGUUGAUUUAUGGGAUACAUUGUCCAUUUACCUCUGUUGUUGGCCUUUGAAGGAUGCUUGCAGCAUAUUUGGAGCUCAGUUCAUGAAGCAGAAUCUAAUUUAGUAUAGUGACAUUGCUUCCCUCUACAGAAAUAGUGCUAUUACUGCAAGCCCCAAACAAAAAUAAAUAAAUCAUGAUACACAUCACUAAAAAUUAUGCAUUUCUUCAAAAUCAUGUCCAUAGGUUUCCUGAAUAGAAUGUUUGUGGUACAAUUUGAAAGUGAGAAUGAUUAUUUAAGGAAUUACUGUGUUUUGAAUUACAGUGCAAAUUGUAUAGAAUUAGCAGUGGCAUUAUUUUAUUUUGACUGUAAAUGUGCAUGGUUGUGUAAUUUGUGUUUUUGAGUCCUAAUCCAAAAGUCGCUGAAACUCCACCUCUUUACUUGGGCUCCAUGAGAAUGAUCUCUAUUUGUAAUUUGCACCUAGUGGCUUUGAUUAUCUUUACUAAAGUGGCAUUGUUGCCGCCUGUUGAUUUUCGAAAAUUGCUUGACUCUGAAAGAAAUAUUUCAUAGAAAUUUAACAUUCAUUAAUAUCAAUGGCUUAUCUUUCAGAAAAAUAAAUUUGAUUUAACUGAGGUAGAUUUUAUUCAUGUUAAUGCAUGUACUUGUUUUUUGUACACGCUAUUUAUAGAAAAGAGGGAAGCAGUGUACUUUGGUGAUCUGAUUCAGAAAUAUCAUUUCUUAAGUGUAUUUCUGUGUACUUUUUCGACCGAUUUUUAGUAGUGAGCUGCCAAAAUUAUUUGUAUAAAGAUGGUAGUUCCAAUGAUUGGGUGAUAUGCUGUUUUUUUUCUGGACUUUUGUCCAAAGAUUUUGUAUUUCACAUGUUUAAUGAAAAUAAAUCUAUAUAUUUCAAACCUU